AUGUCCAGUCUUUAUAAGCUUUCAAUCAAGGGUAUACGUGCUUUUGAGCCUGAGAAUGAAGAAACAAUUCAAUUUGGGUUUCCCUUGACUUUGAUUUGUGGACAAAAUGGAACAGGUAAGACUACCAUCAUUGAAUGUUUAAAAUAUGCAACCACGGGUGAUUUACCACCAAACUCCAAAGGUGGUGCUUUUGUUCACGACCCCAGUCUUUCAGGACGUUCCAACGUAAGUGGUCAGAUCAAAUUGGCGUUUAGAAACGUCAAUGGUAAGAGCAUGAUCACUACUAGAACCGUGCAACUUAGCAAGAAGCAAAGCCGGGGUUCAGCAGCAGCAACGCUAACUUUCAAGACCAUGGAAGGGCAAUUGACAUUAAUUGAAAAGGGGGACAAGAUAAGCAUAUCUACUAAGAACUCAGAAUUGGAUGCCCAGACUCCGAUAUAUCUAGGUGCCUCCAGAUCAAUUUUGGAUUAUGUGAUUUUCUGUCACCAGGAUGAAAGUUUAUGGCCCUUGAGUGAAGCAUCGGUUUUGAAGAAAAGAUUUGAUGAUAUUUUUGAAGCUUCUAAGUUCACCAAGGUUUUAGAUAAUUUAAAGAAUAUCAAAAAGGAAAUGGCCACCGAUAUCAAAUUGAUUGAGCAAAGUGUCCAACAUUUGAAGAUUGACAAGGAUAGAGCACAACGUGUUCAAGACAAGUUGGUAAGCAUGAACGACUCAGUAGACACGUUUACUGGAGAAAUAGCCGAUCUUAACAUUAAGAUUGAGCAAAAGGAAAAGGAAGCUGAGCAAUUGUUUGUUUCCAAUCAGGAAUUUCAAAAGACUUUAAGUGAUUAUGAAAAUUUAUUGAUGAAGAAGAAAUCAUUAGAAGAACAGAUUGAAAGAAUAAAAUCAGCAAUUGAACUUUUGUCUGACUCUGACGAAGAGCUAAUGGACAAAAAGGACAAUUUCGCGGCUAUUACUGAAGAAAACAAAAACAAGAUCCAAGAGUUGCAACAGACACAAGCAGUCUUGAAUAGCGAAUUAAAGGACAAGAGCAAUGACUAUAACACAUUAAUCAGACUUGAUGGUUCUUUACGAGCCAAGAAGUCGGAAUAUGAAGAUAAUAUAGAAAAGAUUUCUGACUUGAUAGCCACCAAUGCAGAAAUGUUAGGAAUAGAACUUUCAGGAGAAACAAAUGAUGAUAUUACCGUUUUUGGUUCUGAAAUUGACCGUAGACUCAAGUCCUUGCUUAAAGACGAAAAGAAGUUGCUUGCAGAUAAUAAAGCGAUUGACUCAGAAAAGCAAGCUCAAGUGCAAGAGAUAUUGACAUCAAUCUCAAGAGAGGAACAACAUCAAGAGUAUGCUACUGCCGAUUGGAACUCAAACAAUUACAAACUCACAACUUUGAAGAGAAGAUUUGAAUCUUUGGAUAAUGAUGAAUCAGUAUUGGAUUCCAGAAAACGGGAACUAGCAGAUGCCACCAAGAAGUUGGACGAGAAGAAAGCUUCGAACGAGAUUAAAGAUCUUGACGAAAAGAUUGAAAAAUCGAAUUUCGAAAUAUCAAAGUUGGAUAUUGAAUUGGAAGAAUUAUCAAAGAAGGUAUUACUCAGUAACAAACAAUCAGAGUUGAGAUCAAAAGUUAACUUUUUGCAAGAAAGCAUCAAAACAAAAAAUGCCUCAAUUGAAAAAUUAAUUAAAUCUACAGAAUAUGGCUAUCAAAAGUUAUUAGGAAAGAAAGUUGAUGUUAAUUUAGGUGAAACUGUAUUGAAUGAAAAAAUUUCAGAUCUAGAGACAGCUUUGGAAGAACGUCAAAGGCUGGUGAUAAAAUUAUCUGGAGAAGUUGAAACUAAUAAGGCAAUGAUUGAAUCUAACCGGAAAGCAGAGCUUGAGAAUAUAAAGAAAACGAAUAAUCUCAAGGAGAGAAUAACGAAGGUGAUUGAGGAAGAGGAAAUCGACAACUACGAAAAUCUUGUUGAAGAGUUAGAAGAGAACUAUAGAAAUGUAAUGGAAGAUGUAAAUACGUCAGAGGUAACCAAGCAUUUCAAUGUAACUGCAAUCUCCAUUGCUGAGAAAAACAACCAAUGUCUAUUAUGUAAGAGAUCAUUCGAAGCGGAUUCUCUUCAAAAGUUCAUAGCCGAACUUAAACUAACAGUCGAUGAAAAGAAGAUAAAAGCAAUCCAUAAUCAGUCUGUCGAAAUCAAGAAAGAGCUUGAUGAUGUGAAAGCAAUCAACUUGGAUAUAAUUAACUUACGAGAAUGCCAGAAACAAAUUGAAACAUUCAAAAGCAUUAAGAAGGAAUUACAAGAAAAAGAAUCUUUGUUAUUGGAGCAGUUACAACAAGCAAAAGUAGAAUUGCAAACUCAGCAAAGUUCCUUGGAUGUUGGUCUCAACUUGAGAAGACCUAUUUCAGAAAUAGUCCGCUUAAAUACAGAAGUGAACGAUACAGAAAUGCAAGUUGAUGAAUUAUCUGAAGAACUUAAUGAUUUUGGAACUGUUGUUUUAUCUUACAGUGAAUUGCAAGCUCUCCAACAAGAAAAGAACAGCUUAAUGAAGGAAGAACGUCUAAAAGUUAACAAUUACACCGAAUCCAAAUACGUAGCCCAAAGGGAACUACAACGUUUAGAAAAUAGAGUAAAAGAUAUCAGAUUACAGAUAAGUAAGCUUGAAACUUCAUUAUCUGAAAUUAAAAACAUCAAAGAUUCAAUUACCGAAACUGAAGCUAAUCUUGAAAAACUCGAAAAGAAUAUCGAUCAAAGUAAAAUAACCUUGAAUGAGUUAAAUUCAAUCAAGGCUGAACGUAUCACAACAUUGAAACAGGUUCAAGAAGAACAUCACCAUGCUGAAAAAAUGAUACAUAAUGACGUGGAAAAAGUUCUGAGGUUAUCUUCAUCAUUUAAAGUUCUUCAAGAAGCUAUUUUCACAUUUGAAAAUCAUGACCUGGUUAAAUUGGAAGAGAAUACAUCAAAGAUGCAACAAGUAUCAAGUGAGAUUGACACGUUGAAGGACACAAUCGAAGAAAAUUUGAGUAGUGUAAGUGCUUUAGAAAAACAAGUUUAUGAAUCUUCGCGUAUCGAACAUAAUAUUAUUGCAAAUAUUGAUUAUCGAGCACAACUAAGAAAACUCGAACAGGCCGAAUUCGAAAUCAAUGGUAUUGAUAUUGAAAACGCUCAGAACAGGAAGGAGGAAUACCAAGAGAAAUCGAGGAAAUUAAGACAGGAAAUAACCAAUUUGACGUCCCAACACGCCGGUAAAAUCGGAGAAGUCAAACAAAUUAAAGAUCAAAUUAAAGGAUUGCAUAAAGAGCUUGAAACAGAAUAUAAGAACGUCAAUCAAGCAUACCACGAAGAAUGGAUUAAAUUACAAACAAAUAUGUUGGUAUCAAACGAUAUCCAAAAUUAUUCUAAAGCUCUUGACAAUGCCAUCAUGAAAUACCACAGUAUUAAAAUGGAAGAUAUCAAUAGAAUCUUGGGUGAAUUAUGGUCGCAAACUUAUAAAGGUUCCGAUAUAUCCACUAUUGCUAUCAAGAGUGAUGUAAAUUUACAAGCAAAGGGUAAUCGUUCUUACAAUUAUCGUGUAGUCAUGGUUAAGAAUGCAAGUGAAUUGGAUAUGAGAGGGAGAUGUUCGGCAGGUCAAAAAGUUCUUGCUAGUAUUCUUAUUAGAUUAGCAUUGGCUGAAUGUUUCGGUGCAAACUGUGGUAUGAUAGCCUUGGAUGAACCAACAACAAACUUGGAUCUGGAGAAUUCUGAGUCAUUAGCAGAAGCUUUGAAUCAUAUUAUAGAAUAUAGAAAGGCUCAACUGAACUUUCAAUUAAUUGUUAUUACCCAUGAUGAAAAGUUCUUGACUCACAUACGCGGUGAUAGAUUUACUGAUCAUUUCUACAGAAUACAAAGAGAUGAAGGAAAUAAAUCAAGAAUAUAUAGUUUACCUAUUGGAAGAAUCCAAGAUUCUUAGUGAACUGACUUUGAUUAUACAUCAUUUACAUCAUUUAUACACUUUAACAGGGAAUUGAUCACUUCUA